AUGUCUAGCAUUCCCAACGACCUCGGCGACGCCGUGCUCAUCAGCCUGCCUACUCUGCUCCGCAACGGCGACUUUCCCAACCCCGUUAUCAUGGCUGACAAGGUCAACCUCGAUGGCGUCCCGUUUAUCGAAAUCAAUUCCCACCGCCUAACCUACAAGAACCACCAUAUCAUCGGGCUUAUCGACUUAUCAGGAAACAUCGAUGGUAUUUGGGGAAUUGCAGUGCCGUUAGACCCGGACGAGCCUACCCCAGCUCUGAUGCUCACUGAAACAGACUCGUGCAUCAUCGACCCUUCCUCUUAUCCGGGAAUCGUGGACCUCGUAUUCGGGUAUGCCGACGCCAAGGCCCGCCUCGCCCUCUGGGGCACCCAUCCGGCCCUCCAGGACCAUCUCAACAGCCACUACUAUAAGCACGUGGUUAAGAAGUGCAACGGCUUUACCUCGACCUCUGGCAAACCGCUUCCAAUUGCGUCUCGCGGAGUGCCUACACUCGGGGGGGAAUUUGAGCUGUUCAGCAACAUUACCCACUACUGCCGCGUGUUCGACCUCGAUUCGACGUGCGACCUAGAGUUGGUGAACGGCCUGCUGACCUCGGGACGUGUCUGCACCCUACGCGCGUACAACAAUACCGACAUCAGCCAGCUCAAAGUCCCCCCCUCAGUCGUUCUCAAAUGCAACUGCGUCCCUUCACCAGACACGCCGGAACACUGGACUGGCACUUUCAAUCUCACUCCACCCGGUAGAGUCCCCGCAACCGUGCGCUUGGUGUACAACGUGAAGUAUGCUUGGGCGGAUGCGCUCUUUGUGUCGAUGAUGGGUAUCGAGACUCUCCCCGAGAGCGUCAAGGAGCUCGUCGUACACUUCAAGUUUGUUCCUGGAGAGCGCCCUCGCUACUUUCUCUGCGAGGCUACCGCGCCUGGCUCACACAAAAUCGUCUCGGCCCACAGCACGACUGCCCCGAUUCCAGAGCUCAAGGAUAACGAGCACCUCGACCUGGUCUUCUUUCCCUGGUUGAUUGACAGCAGUCUCUUCAAGAACAUUGUCAAGCUGUACCGUCCAGGGCUGAAGAUUACCCUGGUCGGUCUAGACGAGUUUGACGGGGCCCGUGAGGCUGACGCUGCCGGGGACCCCGCUUGGGAGGCCAUUUACGACUCUCUUCCGUGGCAGGGAUUUAUGCCUCCUCUCCGUCCUCGUCCCUCUUUCACCUCGGUCGCGGACACGUUCGUUGACGAUCUCGUCAAGACCUUGCAUCGGAAGAAGAAGGCUCAAGCGCGUCGCGACGUGCGCGUGCUCACCUCGACAGAGUAUCUCAAGCUUGGACAUGACGAUGAGGAGGAUUGGUGGCCGACAGGCCAGCCCCCGGGGUGCUAG